AUGAAAAGUUCUACAGGCGAAAAACGUAGGAAGCUCCGCCAAAUGAGCAUGGCAUUGGUAACCGUGCAGCGUUCACCAAGUGUUACUGGUUCGCCGCCACAAUGUGGCUCGGAAGCAGAAACAGAGGACGAUGAAGGCAAUAGAUCUGAAAAGAGUGAAAGUGCUUUAUCGGCUAAUGCUAAUACAUUAGGUAUUGUCCUUAAGGAUGUACCAGCAAAGACCAAUGAACGUCGAGCAAGUACAGAUUCAGCGAAAUCUACGAAUAGCACACAAAGUAAUAAUUCUGAUAUACAACAACAUUUACAGUCAAUGUUCGAUCUACUUAUGCAUGAGGAAACCUUGAAGAUGGCUGUUAAAUUAGAGUCUCAACGACCGAAUCGCACAAGGUAUCUAGUGAUUGUAUCACGUUGUUGUUAUCGCUCCACAACCACCGAUCGAAAAAAUAAAAUAAUGCGACAUAAUUCAACUAAAGCGAAUAACGCUAUAACAUCGGCGAAUAUCGUUACCAAGCGUCAAUCAUCCUCAGACAGUAUUCAGAGUAUGCCGCAACAACUACAACAACAACAGCAGCAGUCACAAACUGAGUCAAGUAGCGGCGGGGAGGAGUCCACAACAGAUGCUCAAGAGAAGCGCAUAUCCAGCGCAUCUCUAUCAAUGAAAUCAUCUCAACGGCAGAGCCUGAAAAGCGAUACAGAAAAAAUCAGUGCCUCGGGCGACUGUAGCAAAGUAUGCGAGGAUGGUGUCGAAGAAUCCUGCCUUCUGGGCAUUGACUGUAAUGAACGCACCACAAUUGGUUUAGUUUUGCCUAUACUUGCCGAUACGACAAUACACCUUGAUGGUGAUGGUGGCUUUAGCGUCUCAGUAUUUGGUAAAACACAUAUUUUUAAGCCUGUCUCAGUGCAAGCUAUGUGGUCUGCAUUACAAACUCUACACAAAGUAUCGCAAAAGGCUCGUGAGAAUAAUUUUUAUCCACGCGGACCAUCGCACGAUUGGAUUACGUAUUAUGAUAGCCAUAUCGAAUCAGACCAGUCUUGCCUGAAUGAAUGGAAUGCAAUGGAUUCAAUAGAAAGUCGACGCCCUCCGUCGCCAGAUGCCAUAAGAAAUAAACCAACCGCAAAGGAAGAAACUGAAAGUGUUAUUAAAAUGAAAUUAAAGGAAAUAAUGAUGUCUGUAGAUUUGGACGAAGUUACUUCAAAAUACAUACGCGGUCGGCUUGAAGAACUGCUUGAUAUGGAUUUGGGCGAGUUCAAGUCGUUUAUUGACGCCGAAAUGUUAACUAUACUGGGUCAAAUGGAUGCUCCAACAGAAAUAUUCGAUCACGUUUAUCUCGGCUCGGAAUGGAACGCCAGCAAUUUGGAAGAGUUGCAAAAAAAUGGGAUACGCCAUAUUCUUAAUGUAACACGUGAGAUCGACAACUUCUUCCCAGGCGUAUUUGAUUACUUUAAUGUAAGAGUAUGUGAUGAUGAAAAAACGAAUUUGUUGAAGCAUUGGGAUAAUACAUUUCGCUACAUAACACGUGCCAAGUCGGAGGGCUCCAAAGUAUUAGUUCAUUGUAAAAUGGGUGUCAGCCGAUCGGCUUCCGUUGUAAUCGCCUACGCCAUGAAAGCCUAUAAUUGGGAGUUUAAGCAGGCUUUGCAACAUGUAAAAGGAAGACGAAACUGCAUAAAGCCGAAUAAGAAUUUCCUUAAUCAAUUGGAAACUUACCGCGGUAUGCUGGAUGCAAUGAAGAAUAAGGAGAAAUUGCAACGCAGUAAAAGUGAGACGAAUUUGAAAAGCACAAAGGACGCACGUCUGUUGCCAGGUAGUGAGCCCACGCCACUCAUACAAGCGCUUAACCAGUCUAAAUCAAAAUCAACCGGUGGACGAGAAGAUGCAAAUUGUGGCGACAAUGUUAGUUCAGGUACGGAUGGUAAUAUCUUAGGCGAAAAAAUUGUUGGAAGAUCAAAAGUGUCGGCAGUCAUCAGUGGUGACGGUGCAAACGAAGCCAAGCAACGUCGCAUGGUGCGUCGAUCCAGUAGCACAUCACCGCAGGCGGUGCCACACGUGCCACAUAUGACUGUUGUUAUUAAACAACAAAGCCAAUCGUUGGAAAACCUAACGCCAGAAAGGAGUGUGGCUGAGGAGCCGAAAAAUAUGCGUUUUCCGGGAAGUAAUGGCGAAAAUUACAGUGUCACUCAAAAUCAGGUGCGACACAUACAAAAAAACGUACAACCACCGCCACCACCACCACCGCCUCCACCAGUAAACCCUUCAGAAGGUCAGCAAAAGCAAAAGCAGCAAAAACAACAAAUUGCAUCUGUACGUACACGAGUACAGAAUCUGGAGACACACACUAAUACCCGGAAGACAGCCGACGAUCGUAGAUCGCUUAACUUACAGUUUGGUCGUUCAGUAUCACACGAUACCGGCGCAACCGCAAGCCGAGUGGAAAUGUUACCUUCGUAUGCCGGCGACAGCACAAUACAGAGUGAGCACAGCCCCGUUUGGACAUGUUCGGCCAAACUUAUUACACAAACUUCAAACUUGAAAACUGACGGUGGUGGUGAUGAAGGUAUCGCUGAUACAUCAUCGCAUGUGGAUCGCGAUACUUUGGAUAUUUCCAAUUGUAUUACAAUGGAUGCAUCACCGACUGAGCCUAAACGAGAGGAGGUAAGGCGUCACAGUCGUAAAACUCAAUCAUGGACUGCAGUCAGCGGUACAAGUGACUUUGGUGGCGCCAGCAGAAGUGGCGGCAUAGUUUUGGAUCGUCUCAACGUGCUGGUAGCGGCUACAAAUGCCGGCAACUGUGGCGCCAACAAAUUGGGCUCCAAUAGCAGUAUUGAUUCGAUCUCAUCGAGUGUCUCGUCUUCGGCGACUACCACAUUUGAAGAGCGUGUGGUACCACGAACACAUAGGCACAGGGAUUUGCCCUCACGGCAUGCCUCCUGGGGUUCAGGCGAUACGCGUUGUGCUGCCCCAGUGCGCAACAGUUCCUGGUCAGCGUACGAUAGUAAUCGCAACUCUUGCCAAUAUGGCGGCGGCGCAAUAAUCGAGGGUCAAAUACAUGAACUUAAUAUCAAUAAGAGCAACAAGACUGCCACAUCCAUUUACCCGAGUGGAACGACACAACAUGUGGGCACUGUGAAACGCACGAAACAGAAAUUAGAACAAUGUGGAGGCGCUUGUAACACUCACACACUGAAAAAGCUGUGCCCAGAAAAUGGUGAGCGUUUGACUGAUGAGACCACGCUGGGUAUCAAUGUAAAACGUAGCGCCAAAGGUGCCACUAAUCUGUUUCGUAGCGCCUCUGCGGCCGGCUCUACACGCGCCCGCUCCACACCGUUCCGCUGUAAUAGCGUCGAAAUUGUGCCUGGAGGUACAACCGCUGCUAUAGGUGGCAACAACGCUGACACAGAAGCGAUGACCUGUCAAAUGGUUAUGCGCCGCAGUGAUGGCAGUCGCCCGUUGCACAAUGAUUUAUUCACUGCUUCCUCUGCGCCGGAAUCGUACACAAUAUCCGAUAUUGAAAACAAGAAUAUGCCACCACUUCAAAGUACUGACACAACCGCAGCCUUGGAUCAGGCUACCGUUGAUGAAGAUGAAGAGACAGUAGUGAUGCGUGGUAAUGCAGGCGGCAGCGUAAACGUUACUGAUCAACGUGUCUCCGGCACUGUGCAAAUACUCAAAAAGAAUUUUGAGGCGAAGGCAGGUAGUAGUGGUGGCAGCACGAGCAACACCGCGACCACAAACGUCUUACAAAUACAAACUGCAGUUUUGCCUGCGAAGAAAGGCCAUCACUCAUUGCCUUCUUCGCCAGUAGCGCAGCAUGUGGAUCCACAUCAGGCCCACCAAAACAAUCCGCAUAGCACAACUUCGACAACACAAAAUCCCACUGCAGCGGAACUGUGUGGAGAUGGGAUCACUGCUGAAAUAAUUGAUACCGUCACUACGGAAAAAAAUAUAACACAUCCUGUGUCGACGCCCGCCACCUUUACUGCUUCUACGGCGAUAACUGCAACGACGUCAUCGGCAUGCUCAUCUUCAUCAUCCACAUCCUCUACAUCCAGCAUGUGUGAGUCAUAUGUGGACCGAAACGUCAAAGUAUUGGUGCACAAAUACCAAACACCAACAACAAAAAAUGAUGUCGCAAUCGGCUCCAACCCAAUAUCAUCAAGUAUGUCCUCGUCAUCCGCUUCAACAUCUUCUUCAUAUUCAGUACCACCCACAACGUUGGUCUCUGUGGCUACAGCUACAACACACUGUAAGCCCCGCCGCCACUCCUACUACGAAAGUGGUGGACAUGCGUCGCACAAAACUAUGUCGAUGGGUGGUGGCAGGAGCGGUGUCGCUGGUGGUCGUUUGGCACAUGAAUAUAGUGAUAGCAGGCCACCACCUGCUCCAGCCAAAGUUACCCAAGCAACGCAUACCAACAUUGCUCAGACGUCAACCGCAGACAAUACGCAACAGCCGCAACAACAACAACAGCGUCGCUUGCAGCAACACGGCCGCACGCAUCCACUCAGUAGGUUAACGUUACCAAAACAAAGCUUCAAUGCAGCCGCAUACAAUACCAUGUAGAUUAUAUUAAUAGCGUUGCCGCACCCGUCCCCUUUUACCCGAUACUGUGUUAGGUGUACUCAUGUGUAUAAUGUUGUAAAAGCAUUUUCUCCAUAAUGACACCCUACCCGCCCACAAAAAAAAAAAAGAAAAAAGCUAAAAACUCAUACACACGCACUAGCGCUUCGGUGCGCACUUGAAAAUUAAAACAAGCAAUAACAACAAAUGUUUUUGUGCUUAAAAUAUCGGCAAAAGAAAUUCAUUUAAUUAGAAGCUAACUCAUAUCUUAACAUUUCUCGCGCUAACGCUUCUCUGCAUUUCUAAGCAUUUGCUAAACAAGUCCGCAUUGCUAUUUUUUUUCUACUAAAUAUGUACAUAUCUAGGUAUUUUUCGCAUAGUAAA